AUGGUGCUGCCAGUGGGAGGCAUGGGCUCCUCCAUAGGGGGGCCUCCCCCACAGCAGGUACUCCUUACUAUGCCGUACCUCAAGGCUGCCCUGGUCGCGGUCACUAUGGUUGUUAUCGGCGAGUUUGUGGCCACAUACUUCAACGAGGCAAUAUCGGACUGCUUGACGCCUUUGCUCGGCAUCCUCGUUCUCAGAGAUGUCACACAGGCUGGUCAGUGUGUGCUUUGCCUGGGGGUGAUCUCGGGCUUCAAUUGCCUGUCUGACCUGACAUCGUUGAUUUUGAUCCUCGUCGGACAGCGGUACGUUCCUGGCGCAAA